CCCCUCCUCCUUUGGAUGGAUCCUUUUGUGCUGUGGAGCAGAAGCCCUGCCGGACAGGCCCCGCCCCCUGGCUAAGCCCCGCCCCCUCUUGGGCUGGAUCCUUUUGUGCUCCGCGGCGGUGCCAUGGAGGAGGCGGAGGCGGGGCUCCUGGGGGAGUCUCUGCGCUGCCCGCUCUGCCGGGACCUCUUCCGCGACCCGGUGCUGCUCUCGGGCUGCGGGCACAGCCUGUGCCGGGCCUGCCUGGCCCACUGCUGGGCUCCCCUGGCCAGGCGCCUGCGCUGCCCGACCUGCCGGGAGCCCCUCCCGCUCCAGGGGCUCCUCCAGCCCAACCCGCUCCUGGGGAGCCUGGCCCAGCGCCUCCGCCGCUCGGGAGCCCCAGCAGAAGCCCCCACGGCCCCGGGUUCGGACCCCAGGAUCGCGGCAACAGCGGCAGCGGGGGUGUUUGGGGGAAUGUCUGAAGAAUUCUCGGAAAAUCAGGCUAUUUUGGAAAGAGAGAGAGAAACCCAAAUUAGUGAAGGGAAGCAAAGGGAGGAACUGCUGAAGCAAAUGGAGAUGGAAGAGCAGAAGGUUAUCUGGGAAUGGAAGGAGCUGCGAGGGUUCUUGGAAGAGUGGGAAAAGCAUUGGCUGAACCAUUUGGAAGAGCUCAAGAGAGACGUCCAUGGCGGCUACAAACAAGACUCGAACAUGGCCAGUGAAGAUUCACUCCUACAGGAACUUCUGGGCGAGCAAGAAAGAGAGACGUCGCUGACUCAGUCUUUGCAGGGUGUUGAAAGCACCAAAAACAGCAUGGAGUAUGGAGUGUUAAAGGUAGACUCAGCUGUAGCCGAGCUCAAACAGAGGCUCCACAGGUUCUCCUGGAAGCGGGCCAUCCUGCAGGAGACAUUGCUGCAGUUCAAAGAACAACUCCAGUUGGAAAUGAAUGGCGAUACAGUUCCAGGUUACAGAAUAGCAUCCUCAUUUCAGUCUAAACUAACCAAUCAUCCCCAAGAAAACAGAGAAGAAACAUCUGCAAAAGAGAUCCAGGAACUGAUGCCCUUCAAGAGACAUUCGGAAGAGCCAUGGGUGGGAUUGCCACACAUUACAGCUGCCCUCCCUAAGAAGGUCAAAGAAGAAGAGGAAGAAACGGGAAUCUCUGCAGAACACAUUACACAAUUACAUGGAAUUAAAGAAGAAGAUCCUCUCCAAAGUGGUCCUGAGAUGGUGGAGCUGCCGGCCCUAAGACUGCAAAGAUCAGAAGGCAAUGUAUCUCAAAGUAACCAGCAGACAGAUGGAGAUGGCCUCCGUGGAAAUAGUCUGGCCAAGAGAAGUGGUCAGUCUGCUUGUUCCAGGAGAAACUAUGGAGAAGCAGCUGCUCGGAAAAGGAAAGACAAAUGUUACCCCUGUCCUGAAUGUGGGAAAAUCUUCCGCCAGUUUGGGGUCUUGAUCACACACCAUCGGCUCCACACGGGAGAGAAGCCCUACAGUUGUGCUUACUGCGCAAAAGGAUUCAGUGAUUAUUCCAAUCUGAUUGCACACCAGAGAACCCACACUGGGGAGAAGCCCUACCGGUGCGCUGACUGUGGGAAGAGCUUCACGCGUAGCACAACCCUCACCAUUCACCAGAGAGGCCACACGCGGGAAAAGCCCUACCCGUGUCCCCAAUGCGGGAAACGCUUCAGUCGAGCCUCAAACCUCACCAUCCACCAGAGAACUCAUGCAGGAGACAGAAACUUGCCAUAUUGUGGUCCAGAAUAAAAUAAAAGCAGUGGAAAAGGGGCAGGGAAUUAAAUGCACAGCUUGAACUUAAUAGUGUGGAAAAUGCACAAAACUUUGCUGGUAGAAGGCUAGACUCCUUUCCCAAUGGAGCAAUCAAUUCAAAUUGCAGGAAAAGAGAUUUUACCUAAAAUUAUUCCUGAGAGUAAGAGAUGUUCAAAGGUGGAGUGUGCUUCCUGAGAGUGUAGUGGAGGUUUUUAAGCAGAUGCUAGGUGGCCAUCUGUUGGGAGUGGUUUGAUUGUAUGUUCCUGCAUGGCAGAAUGAGGUUGGAUUGGAUAGCCCUUGGCAGGCAUGUAGCCGGGGGGGGGGGGCUUCAGCCCCCCCCCCGAAAUUCUCAUGGUGGUCCGCGAGAAGGCCUUACUGGUACAUUAUUUAAACUGUUAUGUUUAUUCAUAUCAUGAUCUGAUCACCAUGCUCAAUAUAUCCCAUAUGCCUGGGGGUAUUGGGGUAACAAUACAAAAGGUUUGCUAGGGUAGACCCUCUUUCACUCAGACU